AUGCCGCCCUUAGACUCGUCUGCCAGCAAGUGCUACUGGGUGGAAAUGCCCAAUGCGCACGACGAGGACCCUGCCAACCGGCUGGACGUGCGCUCAGGGGCGUCGACGGACAUCUAUCGCUCCAGAAUCCUUGUUUACAGUGGGUCGGUGCUGCCCUUGUCAUUGAAGGCAGGCUUCUCGCUGCAGGACGUGGAGUCGGAGUUCAAGGCUGCCGUGGCGCGCGAAACAGACCCGCCCAGCGACUACAACGAGUAUCUGUCGCCCGAAGUUUUCUCGCUCAAUCUGCUAAACCGCAAGUGGAUCCAUUUGCAUGCAAAACACAAGUUCGAAAGGCCCAGACCCAGAAUGUUCCAUUCUAUGAUAGUCCACGAUAACUACCUGUACAUAUACGGCGGGCUGUGUUUUGACCGGCGCAACAGGAUCAAGACGCUCAAUGACGUUUGGAGAUUCGACCGCUUCGACAAGUCGUGGAAAUGUCUCCUUCCAGACGGCAACAACGUGGUUCUGAAGCGGUUCGACCACAUGUCGAUGUUUCUCCCUGAACUGCACGUUGUGGGGAGGCCGACGCACCAGGGUAUUAUUCUUUUUGGCGGAACAUCCGACGAGAAACAGGAGAUUCUCGUGUCGCACAUAUACGACGUCGUUUCCGAGCAAUGGUUUCCGAAUCUGGUUUUUAGGAUACAGGACGAUGAGAGCAGCGGGAAGAUCAAGUACAGCGCCAUGGACGGGCCGGAGGUGGAGGUGCCUGGUCUACGAAGCUUGGGGCUGCGAAGCUCUUUGAACUCUGCCAUCCCGGCUCAGGCACUCGACUCGACGCAGCAGGUGCCGCCCAUAUACCUCUACCACAAACAGCCGGACCAGAAACACGAGCCGUUCAUCACGUUCCCGAUCGGCGAAGGCGUGGCCGGGACAGUGAUGUCGCUGAUGUCGACCAACUCGACCAAAGUUGUGCCGUUCGAGCUGGACUACCCGACGCUGGGCUAUUUCGGAGAAAACCUCAUUGUCACAGGGUUCCGGCCCGGCGAGCAUUCGAUCUCGCUGUACAUAUUCAACAGGAUCUCGCGCACCUGGAUGCGGUUGCAAAUAUCGUGCACUCAUUCUGCGCGGUCGCACCGUUUUUUCAAAGGGUUCGUGUGGAACUCGCACCACAAGGUGGUUUUUCUCGGGAACACCAAAUCCUUAAUGACGCUGCCCAGCGUGCAACAUUUCUCGCAUUUCAACACCGUGUCGCUGCCAUUCACCAACACGUACGGCAUAGAGAUGGAAAAAGCGUUCAGCAACGUGCCGGAGACCGUUCCGCAGCACGUGCCGUCGUCCAUGGGGCUCGACAAGUCGGAGAACACCAGUUUUGCCGCGUACUCGCACUACGUCGCGCCGCAGAUCAUGACCAACUCGAUCCGCUCGGUUUUUCCUCCGUACGCCGUUGCUCUGGGCAAGAACGCGUUUGAACGGUCCACCUCGAUUUCCGACUUUGAGUUCAUCUGCUCCGACGGCACGUCGAUCUCGAUGCCGCUCAAUCUGUGCCGCAAACGGUGGGGAAGCCGUUUCGACAAGCUGCUUGCCGACGCGUACGCCAGGGCUUUUGCAGACCGCCACGCAUUGCCCGAAUUUACAGAGUCCAGCUCGAUCGAGAGCUCGCCGGCGGAAACAGAGUUCUCCGGGUCGUUGAGGUCCUCCAAAACGCCCGAAUCGCGCGCCCCGUUGUUCAGACACCCAUUCCCGGAGUCUGGAAAAUCGUCGCCGCUGUCUGGCACGUCCCGGUUCGGCUCUCUGCCGGCCUCCAGACGCAGCUCGCUUGCUGCCUCCAGAAGAGACUCGGGGUGUUCGCGACGGAACUCUAUGCUCGGGUACGAGAAAUUAUCAAUGUCUGUGAAAAACUCGAAUCUGCGCCGGAGCUCUGGGAUCUCGAGCUCGUCGUCGUCGUCGGCAUUCUCCAAUCCCAACAUAGACGUCUCUGAGGCCUCUGGUUAUCUGCUGGGCUCGCCGCUCAUACUUGACGAGCUGCCUCCGCAGCCACCAAUGCCAGAACUGCCGCAGGACCCGAACGAGUCCACCACGUCGUUUGAUUUCCGUGCCCCGUCGUUUGGUCCCAAAGACGCCUCCACAAGCCGGCUCACACAGGCUCUGUCGGGCAUGGAGGACGUGGACCCUCUGUCAAACGCCAGUCUGUCGGACCGUCCAAGAGAGGAGAGCGUCGAUUUCCCAGACGCGACAGAGGCCAAGAUGGACGCGCGUUUCCUGCCCCGGACGCUGUGUCUGCCGUUCUCCAAGCCAACAGUGCGUGCGUUCUCUGAAUUUCUGUACACGGGACAGCUGGGCAGCAACUGGAAAGUCGUGCCGACGUGUGUGGAACUGCUGAUGAUUGCCAAUCUGUACGAGGUGCCGCUGUUGUACGACCUGAUCUCAGAAGCCCUGUUUGUGGUGAUCGCGCGCAAAGAGGCCGCGUUGGUGGUGCAGGCGAAGAGCUGCCACGCUGUUGACGGCGGAGAGACGGGGAUCCCUGCGAUCGACAAAUUCACCGAGCAGCUGGCCGCGCUGGACGAUAAUCUGAUGGACCUGACGCUGCUGAAACGGGCGUCCAAAGCCAUCGGCCGGUACUCCAGCUCGGGCAGCCUCGAAAACUCCGAGAUCCACUUCCGGGACUCGUUCCCCACAGCCAGCAAAGUCCGAUCGCACGAAAUGGCCACCGAGGACAGCCAGAGCAGUAGCAGCAGCAGCAGCAGCAGCGACUCGGUCAGAGAAACGUUCGGACUGCUCAACGAGCAGCACUACAGAGACUUCGAGUCCUACAUCGAGAAACAGCCUACAGAGACCAAAGAAUGGCCAACGCUCAAGAGCCUGAUGAACCCGGACGCGCCCGCGUGCUCUGAUCUGAUCAUCGACAUCCUUGUGGAGUCCGGCACGCUGGCCAGCGAUAUCAAGUUAAUGCUACGGGCGAUCAACACGCGCGAAAUGAUCGCCCAGCUGAAGGAGCACAGACGCGGCUCCCACGACCUCAGAGAGCUGUCCGAGCGUCUCAAGGCCGCGUCCGUGCGGCCGCCAAAACCGCACGCCGGGUCCACGAGCUCGCUGCCGGAAACAGCAGUGUACAAGACGAAGAGCGAGAGCGAGCUGGCGUCGGCGGCGGCGGCGGGCGGCACCGCGGAGCGGCCGCGGAUCCCGCACGUGCUGACGUUCACGAACCUGGAGCGCGCGAUGACCAGCACGUCCGAGGAGACGAGCUCGCCGCGCCGCAAACGCGGGUUUGGCCUGUUCAAGAAAAACGCUGCAAAAUACUAA